AUGGCUAGCGCUCACAGACAUGAGACCGAACGACCUGGCUCCAUCCUCAAUCUGCCCAACGAAGUCUUGGUCAAGAUACUUGAACACGCCUCCCUUGGCCGGAAUGAGAGCCCAUUCAGGAGGAAUGACGAAAUUGUGCUCCGCAGCAGAUUGAUCGCGCCCAUCAUCCGCACAUGCCGCCGCUUCUACCAGCUGGCCGUCCCCUUUCACUGGCGCUCGAUCAAGUAUGACUACCCAGACUCUGUGAUCCCCUCGGACCGAAAGGUGAUGGCGCUGCACAGGGCGCUCCAGGAUAACCCCGACCUCGGCCGGCACUGCCUUGCAUUCUUGUUCCACAUCACUGACAUCAGGAUGAACGAGGAGUAUGAGCUCACGGCGGCAGACUACCAGGCUCUCAACGAGAUUAUCGCUUCUCUUCCCAACGUUAGAUCGCUUAAUAUCCACGGGGGAUGGCAAGGGGCUAAAGGAUUGCUUACCUUUGAUACGCUUCGUCGCUGUAUAGGGACAAUGCAUUCGCUUCGGGAGGUGUCUUUGAGUAGGGAGGGCUUGGAGGGCUUUACUGUCCAUCGAGUCAUGGAGACACUUCAAUCGCCCUCGAUCCGAAGUCUGUCCUUACAUGGGGUUUCCAAAGAGCGCGUCGAUGACGCGACGUUUUGGGCAUCACAAGACUAUGGAGAGUCCAACAUCACAGAGCUGGCUCUGAGCGACUAUCGGGAAAGGGCUGAAGGCACAUUGCGUCUAAUCAACUGGCCCAAAGAGCUGGCCAGCUUCUCCUUCGGCAGCUUCUACAACAACACCAACUACUUUGACCUGCCCAUGUUCGCGACCAUGCUGGACAAGCACAAGCACACCCUCACCAAGCUGUCUAUUGGGUAUCUCGCGACUUCUGGAAGGGGAAUGAUCCUCGACCUAUUCGAGUUCACGGCCCUGGAGGAUCUGCAGCUGUCCGUGUGGCAGCUCUUGCGGCCGGCGGAGGCCGAGGAGCGCUUUACUUUUCGGGCCGAAGAGGCGAAGCUGCUCUCUGCGCCGAAGCUCAGAAAGUUCACACUCGACUUCUCGAUUUACGAUCAGCACUCUGAGGAUUGGAGUGAUUUUGGCGAGAGGGAGCAGAGGUGGCUGCGAGGCAUGGCGGAGACGGCCAUUGCCAGGAAGGCGCCGCUGCGGGAGAUUCACGUCAUCUUCACGCCUGAUUCGUGGGAUGCUAAGAAGGAGGAUGGGUAUCCGUGGGAUCUGAUGAAGGCCUUGGGGGAUGAGUUCGAGCCGGCGGGGAUAGCAGUCACCCACAACACACCAACCAUGUCGCGCGAGGAGUGGUCGAAGCUGGCUUGA